UACUACUUACCCUCUCUCCCACUCCCUCAUCUUCCCCCCUGGCCUCUCCUCUCUCUCUCUGAGCAAGCCAAGAGAGCCAGAGGAGCAACCAACCAGGACAUCGGAGCAAGCCAAGAACCUUCUCUUCUGCGUCCAACAGCGAAGCAUGGUGGAGCAGGCGAGGACCAUGGAGCGCAUGAUCGACGUCCCUCAGUGGAAGGCCGGCGGGUCCGACGGCCUCCCGUCGCCGACGAGCCCGCUGGAACGCACGGCCGCGCCGUCGCCCCGCGGGUGGCGCCACCGCGACGCCGUCGGAGGGGUCGGGCUCGGCAUCCUCGCGGCCCUCGAGGCGCAGCCCGCUGCCUCGGCGAGGGUGUCCGCGCCCAUCUCCAUCGCGCGCCGCGCCGCGCGGCUCGAGGUGUCGGAGCUCGGAUGCAGCGGGCGGUGCGCCACCAGCCUCUGCGGCGGCGGCCCAGCCUCCACCCCAGCCAACCCUGGCGCGUCGUUCCGCGUGGCUGAGUUUUUGUCGUGCUGCGACAUGUGCCGGCGUCCGCUGGACGGGAAGGACAUCUUCAUGUACCGAGGGGAGCGGGCCUUCUGCAGUAUGGAAUGCCGGUACCACGCCAUCGUGUGCGACGAGUUCCAGGAGGAGAAGGAGCGGAAUCGCCGCGCCGGCGCCUCCUCCUCCGAGGCCCCCAGGAAGGCCGCAGCGGAGAUGGCCGGGUCGCCCUGCAACGGCGGCGGCCAGAUCUUCUUCACUGGCAUCGUUGCCGCCUGAUGGAAGUAACCAAACCAGCUCGAGGAACGGCCCGCUGUUACAUAAACAAAACAAGAAAACAAAAACAAACAAAAAAGGAAGAGAUAAGUGUGUGUGUGUAGAGAGAAUGGGUGGGGAAAUUUUCUUUCUCCUCUUUGCAAGGAGGCAUGGGGAUUUGGUGUUUGAUCUUGAUUAUUUUUCUAGUAUAUUACUAUUAUUUUUACGGGGAAUGAUGUUUGCAUCAGGAGGUGGAAGGGGAGGGAUGAUGACAAGUUUUCCAAGAUUGUUGCUUCCUUUCUGUUUCUCCACUGUCUAAAGGAAUAACAUCUUUCCCCCCUUUGUCCA